UCCACUGAGGAGCCCUGGCCCGGCCUUGUUCCUGUCGCCCCCGGCAAUCCCAAGCUCUCACCUUCUUGAGGUCCCAGUUCCUAUUCCGUCUCCAUUACCAGAAAUAAACCUACACGAAACACCUCUCGCACGCUGCACGCGACCUCUCCUCACUCCCAUUGACUAUGCGGCAGUAGAUCUGGCUUUUUAUCUUCAACCUCGUCUCGCAAUCCCUCGACCUCUCUUCCUCCGCAUUUCGCCCGCUCGUGUCUGUUCCAUGUUGCCCUGCGUCAUACAGCCUCGGUAAAGGCCGCCCCAACUCGGUCACGCGGGGUUCGAUUCGAAUACCUCAUUUCAACAGUAGAUCACCAAUUCAGAGCCGCCCAACAUGUCGUGGAGGAAGACGGAUAGGUUGAUGGAUACCAUCAGGCAUUACGCCAGUUUCCCGGCAACUGGCGUGAGCUUGAGGCAGAUGGUCCAGUUUGGAGAGAAGCCCUCAGUCGGAACCCUCUUCCGUGCCUCACAAUUCCUUGCCGAGGAGCUACCAAUCCGCCUUGCCCAUCGCGUACAAGAGCUCGACGAACUUCCAGAUGGCCUCAACGAUAUGCCCUCCGUGAAGCGAGUGCAGGACUGGUACGCACAGUCAUUCGAGGAACUCACACAACUUCCCCGACCUGACUUGGACAAAUCGACAAAAGAAAGGCUCUUGAGGCCUGCCAAAUCAUAUGGUAAAGGCCCAAUGCUCUCCGAGGCGACCCGAAACCCAAGCAUCGAGGAAGGCCAAUAUGCAUCUUUGCCGCAAUCCAAUGGAAACGGUUGGAGCAAGCAGAAGAACGUCGCCGCACGGAGAUAUUUUGCAAUGGUGGACGACAUCGGCGAUUGGCCGCCCGAGCUGCGCUUGUACAACGAGCGGUUCGCCAAAGCCCUGCACGGCAUCAAGAGGCGCCACGACGGAGUUGUCACCACUAUGGCACAGGGCAUCCUGGAGUACAAGCGCAAAAGACAGCGCAUGCAGAUUGAUAACAACAUCCAGUCAUUCCUCGAUCGGUUCUACAUGUCGCGUAUAGGAAUCCGCAUGCUCAUCGGUCAGCACAUUGCCUUGACAGACCAAAGCCAUCACCGCGAUCCCACAUACGUCGGUAUCAUCUGUACCAAGACCAACGUUCAGGAUCUCGCGCAAGAAGCCAUUGAGAAUGCGCGCUUUGUCUGCGAGGACCACUACGGACUUUUCGAAGCACCCAAGAUCCAGCUCGUCUGCAAUCCUAACCUGAACUUCAUGUACGUUCCAGGGCAUCUGUCGCAUAUGCUCUUUGAAACUCUCAAAAACUCUCUUCGCGCCGUUGUCGAAACGCACGGCCAGGAUAAGCAGGAAUUCCCUGUGACCAAGGUCAUUGUUGCCGAGGGCAAGGAGGAUAUCACCAUCAAAAUCUCGGAUGAGGGUGGUGGUAUUCCCCGAAGCUCUAUACCUCUCGUUUGGACAUAUAUGUAUACCACUGUGGAUCGCACACCGAAUCUGGACCCGGAUUUUGAUAAGAACGACUUCAAGGCGCCUAUGGCCGGCUUUGGGUACGGAUUGCCUAUUUCACGACUUUACGCGCGAUACUUUGGCGGUGACUUGAAACUUAUCAGCAUGGAAGGAUAUGGCACGGAUGUUUACUUGCAUCUCAAUCGUCUGUCCAGCUCAUCGGAACCUCUCCAAUAGGGACCAGCAGUCAUGAGGGACAGGAACGCUCGAGGAUUGACGCUAGGGUUAAGGUAUACACUGCACAAGAGGCUCAAGGAUCGCGAGAUCACGGAGCGUCGGCAGGUGGGAGACGCUCAGGAGAUGAUGAAUCGGGGCGACACAGAUCCUGGGUAUUUCAAGCAAGACAACGACUUGUG